AUGAUCAAGAAAAUAACCACUGAUAUAUCGAACAUGCUGAAUAAUUCCAUAUCAUCAAGUGAUUUUGAUGGGUUAGUUGGGAUGAGAGCUCAUUUGGGAAGGAUGGAACCACUACUAUGCCUAGAGUCAGAUGAAGUGAGGAUGAUUGGGAUUUGUGGUCCUUCUGGGAUUGGGAAGACCACAAUCGCCAGAGUUGCGUACAGCCAACUCUGCAACAGUUUUCAGCUGAGUGUGUUUAUGGAGAGUAUCAAAGAAAACUAUAAAAGACCUUGCUCCGAUGACUACAUCACCAAGUUGCAAUUACAACAACAGUUUAUGUCUCAAAUAAGCAACCAAAAGGAUAUGGAGAUUCCUCAUUUAGGAGUUGCUCAAGAUAGGUUAAAAGACAAGAAAGUUCUUGUGGUUUGGUCCUGGGAGUCGAAUUAUCAUUACAACACAAGAUCAAAGACUUUUUAG